AUGGUUGGCAUGGGAGCCGCCUGGCAUGAGCCCACCGACAUUUCCAUGCAUACCUUUGUGUACUCGUCCUCCGAGCAGCAGCACUACUACACGUCUUAUCGAUUACAAACAGUCACCAAAGGAAGAUUACCACCAAGAGCAGGUUUUUCAAGUGUGACAAACAAAAAUGCGACCGCUGUUGAAUGGCAGAAAAAUGUACACUGGGAGCCAGGAGCUGAGCUGGAUAUAUAUGACUUUUUAAUCAAUCCUGUCGACAAGUGCAACACUGGAAAAGAUAAAAUCACAUUACUUGUCUUAAUCAAAUCAGCACCAGGUAAUACUGAACGCAGGGAUGCUGCCAGAAAGACGUACAUCAGUGGGGCCGCGACAUUUAAUGUGUCCACUAGGUUGCUUUUUAUCGUGGGAGAUUCCGAAGCACAGGACGAGAGGGAAAACAUUCAGGAAGAGGCCCGAAGACAUAGAGAUAUCCUGAAGGUGGGCUUCCACGAUAGUUAUUACAAUCUCACCGUCAAACUCGUCAUGGGGUUUAAAUGGGCCUUGCAGUUUUGCAACAACAGUGAAUUCUUAAUGUCAGUGGAUGACGAUGUCAUGGUUGAUAUCGUGACCCUGGUCAACGACCUCGACGCUUUACCCUCGAAGAAUCAUUCUCAAUUCGUGCUUGGAUAUACUGAAGAGGGGUGUAAACCAUUUCGUAACGUAGAUAGUAAAUGGUACAUACCAGAGGACAUCUACCCUGAUAAGACGUACCCUCUAUUUCCAUACGGGCAUGGGUAUGUUAUGUCACAUCCCGUAGUCGAAAAACUGUUUCUGAUAUCCAGAGAAACCCCAGCGAGGAUACCGUUUGACGAUGUUUAUUGCGGUAUACUAUUGGACAAGUUAAGCAUCGGAAUCGUUGACCGAUCUACAUGGUUUAAAGACCACCACCCGCAAAAGAAAGAACAGGAUUAUUUAAAGAUUGAGGUAUCAGCGCAGGAAAUGGAGAAAGCUUGGAAAUGUCUCGGACAAGAUAAGCUCACCUGUACCUAGUAUUUGUGUUUCUUUUAUUGGGGUUUGCGUUGCAUAUAUUAAUUGCUGCUACGUCAAGCUUAUCAGGACUAGCAACCAGUAACGUAAGUAAGUGCAUGUAGGUGGAGGCUCAGCAGAGGAGUCACAUGGGCUAGGCACGGGUGUGUUUAGUUUCCAUGUCUGAGGGCACUCUGUGAGCAUGCAGACAUGCGUUUAGAAGAAAUCUUUUGACUUGUAGUGCUGCUACUAUCGAUAAUGAGUCUCAUGUCCUAAAGGCAGACUAUCCAUUAAGAUGUCUCUGGGGAAUAAGUUAGGGUAGAAAUUUAGAAAUCACAUCAAUGAUUUUGGCUUAUUUUAUUAUGAAUACUAUUCAUUAUAUUGUCUAAUAGAAUACAUAAGAUAGACAUAUUUUGUACCUCCCCAUUCUUAUGUUUGUUUACUUCUAUCAACAUCUUUUUUGUUUUAUUUUUUAUUAUGUACUUUGCGUUUUCUUCCAUGUUCAUUACGUUUCAUUUCAACCACCAAUCUUUUCGUAUUACUCCUUGCGCGAGGGCCACGUACCAAAAUGCCACACACCAUAUAAAAUACUUAAAACGUGCCGACAAAAAAUACCUGACUUUAAUAUAUAGCUAUGGCUGAUAUGAGCAAGCUACCAUUUUAUUCUAUAGAGUGAUGAAGUGUG